UCCUUUUCAAUGCACCCGUGAAUUUGGAAAGUGGAAUAAAUGUUGUUUAUUUUUCUCUCUGAUAUGCCAGAAGGAUUCUUGUCUAGAGUUUUUCCCAUGUUCCAUUUUACUAUGCCCUUUUUUCACUCUCUGGCAGCGUGAUACACCAUAUUGCUUCAUAGAUGGAAUUUCAUUUGCAUUGUGUUUUAUAGUUGUCGACAGUCUGGUUAUGCAGUCACAUUUUUUUUAAGUGAGAGAUUGAGAACAGGUAACUGAUGGUUGUGAUCCUAUGUCCAUUAAUUUCAGCUUAGAUCCCUUGUAAUCAGAUAAUGCAGUUUUGCUGCCAGUAUCUUAAUUAUACGAAUUCCAGUUAUUAUAAAAUAUUCUGCUGGUACUUGAGGAUGUCCAGGCCCCGUAUUGUAUAUGUACAAGAAUACACAGCCCAGUGGUAAAGCUAUAAUAUGGCUGCUCAAAGCACUGUUGCUUUUAAGAAAGGGGAGGGGGAGUAACUCAGCAGCUUAUUUCUGCAUACAGCUGUUAAAGGCACAAGAGCCCUGUUUCCUUAGUGGCAAACUUAAACCAAAACCUAGGCUGUCAUCCUGUAGACACAUACCUGGGAAUAAGCCCCAUUAAUCCCAAAGAGACUUAUUUUUCAGUAGACAUGUAUACCAUUGUACUGAAAGUUAACAUAAUGAGUGUCUGGCUUUAGGCCCUGCACAGCAGGAGACACACCCUAGCAUAUUUGAAAAAUUUACACGUUUUGCAUUUGCUAUUCAGGAAAGGGAUACUUUAACAACCAGUUGCGCUUACUGUGUAGUAGUAUUUGCAGAUCAUCACCUGAUCUCAUAUGAACCCACCACAGGUGCAUCCUGGUUACCAGGAAAAAAGGAAGGGCAAACUCUGGAAAUCUCAAGCACUACUAUAGAAUAAGACAAAAACAGGACAGUGCACUAAAGAACCCCAAGGAUUCCUGCUGCCUGCUGUCCAAACAACUCACGUAUCAAUCACAGCUCUGACACCACUCAUUGGCUAUAAACACAGAUAGCUGGGAGCAGCCAGGCUGGCUCACUUUCACAGAAAUCGCUUAGGAGGAUACCUGCAUAUUUUGCUUCAUAGGUUUUUUUCUAGGAGGGUAGAGAUUUUCUUAAGAAAAUAAUAAUAAAUAAACUUAGGCUAUUGUGUCCUGAUACUGUACCCAUGGGUGGGGCAUUGCCCCCACCCCCCUGUCUUAAACUCAGCUCCAGGAAAGAUAAUGCCCAUUAAGCAGGGCAAAAUGAAACUGUAUUGUGUCACAUAGUUGCUUACUCAUAGGAUAUUCCAGGGGUGUUGCAAAGUCCAUGUUUCAGUUUAGACCUGCUGCUUUUCUCUUGAAGUUGGGAAGAGGGAGUGAUGAGGUUCAGUAAUCCACAAAUGAGCUUUCCUCAACACUUCUCAUGUGUUGAGAAGAUGCUCCUGAGGAGGCUGUGAUGGCAUCCUAAUUGCUUUGGUGUCCAAACACUUUCCAGUAAAGGAAUCUGAGAGAUGACGGAAGAUGAACAGUUUGCCCUGGCUCUGAAAAUGAGCGAGCAAGAAGCCAGGCAGUUGAACUCGCAAGAGAAGGAAGAGGAAGAGCUUCUGAGAAAGGCCAUUGCUGAGAGCCUUGGUAGCUGCCAGCCUUCUGAGUCUUCUGCUGCAGCUGCUGUGCCCCUUCCUUCCAAGGCACCAGUGUCUUCAGCACAAAGCUACCCAGCUGGGCAAGAGGAUCCUGAGCUCCUUGCAGCUCUACUGCCUUGCCCUGAGUCUCCUUGCUCCAAGUACAGCUCCCUCUCACACAGUGACGAAACUGAUAAGAAUGGACAGACAGAUGUCGCCAAGAGCCCCCUAGUAGUACUGACGAGGUUAAGCCAGGCAGCAGUUGAGAGCUCACUAGUCUCUAGCAUAAUUGUAUCUCCAGGGAAGUGCCAACCUUCUGCAAGGUCAAAUGAAAACCCUUCCUCACCAGCAAGGAGCAGUUCCAGCGAUACACCGCCCAGUCUAGAAGAAGGGACAUCAGUUGCGUUAAGUCCCACCUUUCCCCAAAGGCCUCGGGGCACUUUGUCACUGGCACCUCAGAGACUUUUUGCAGAAAGGAUUAGCCCUCCAAAGCCAACAGGCAAGGGAACUGAAAAGCAUUCCCAAAAUUACACGGAAGGAGAUCCCCUUCCUGGUUGCUCAGAAGCUCCAGCGAAAGUGGCCCUGGAGCACAGCACAUUGGACUAUUCCAGCAGACCAGGGUCUGAGCUUGGACAUCAGUUGGAGCCCAUCAAGAAGGCAUGUCUUUCUCCUGGGCUGGUGGGAAGGACUGAAUUGCCCGGAAACGCUCCUCCUCCACUCUGCGCACUUCAUAGGGGUGACGAGGAGUGCCAAGAAGGCGAAGAGAGAGACAUGGUGCACUAUUACUGGGGUGUUCCCUUCUGCCCUAAAGGAGUAGAUCCCAACAAAUAUACCCAGGUCAUCCUGUGUCAGCUUGAGGUUUACCAGAAAAGCCUGAAACAGGCUCAGCGACAGCUUCUACACAAGAAACCAUUUGGGGAGCCCGUUGUCCCCAAUUUGUCUCACUUGAGGCGAAGUGACCGUGGCAAAGCAGCAAAGGAAGCAUCUAAGAGAGAUGAAGGUACAGAUGAGCAGGAAGGAGAAGAAAUGGAUGAGAAAAAGGAGCCUGAGAGCACAGCCUGGCUUCUGUCCCCAAUAAAUGGAGAGCAGAACAUGGCAGGGGGAAGAAACCCCGAGUGUGACGAUGAGCCAGCAAGCAGCUCAGUUCAGGCCACCCAAGUGCUGUUUGCAGAAGAUGUGCUUGAAGAAAGGGAGCCUAUGCAGAUUACCCAAAGCAUUUCUGCCUUGACCCCGUUGGACAGUAGGAGAAGCCCAGACAUGGCCACAGAGAAUCAAGCUGAAGAAGAAAUCACUCUUUGCCCUGAGACCCAGCCGAGUCCAUUGCAAGCUAUCGAGCCUGAGAGCGGAGAAAUCCAUUCAUCCAGCAAAGAUGUCUCUCUGCAGGCUGAUGCAGCUGAAGAUGCUGGGGAAACAAUGUCUGCGGGCAGCUUUCUUGGUGACGAACCUAUUCCAUGUCCACUGUGUGAUCGCAAAUUCCCAGUUUCGGAAAUUGAGGUGCACGCCAUGUAUUGUAAUGGCUCCAGAGAGGACCCAACCGAAGAUGCUCCAGUGUUAACCCGACGGCAGAGAGCAGCCAAGACUAAAGUCACCAGUUGCAAAGAGUCUUCAGAACCCGCUGACACUGACAAGUAUGAGAAGUGUUACCUCUGUAAGACUCUGGUGCCAUGGAAAGAGUAUCACAGGCAUGUGGACGACUGUCUUUGGAGUCGGACUGCUAAUGGAACCCAGGGUGACAGUAGGCCAAGGCGCACAAAGGAGAAGGGAAGAAUGGAAGGCCACCUCCUGAGCAUGCUGGAGCAAUCUGAACACAAGGCUUCAGAUGCAGAGGAGGCUGCCGCACUAUCUGGAGAAGACGACUCAAGGCGCAGCUUGGCAAAGGCGGAAAAGAAAGCAGAGUGCAGUCACAAUGUCCAGAGCACCUUUCCCCAAGCAGGUUGUAGUGACUCUCCAAUUAAAUCUUUCACCUCCAUUUCUGAAGCCAAAGACUGCCUAGUGGACUUCAAAAAACAGCUCGCCAUUGGCUCUGGCAGUCAGAAACAAGCCAAAGCCAGCCUCAGGAGCAGGAAGAAAUACUGAGCAUCGCACAAUGGAAAAAGGGCCUGGAAACGGAAUAGGAAGCAAGCCCUUCCAUUCCACCGACUUUGUCUGGCAGGAAGAGCGCAACUUCUCUACCAGCUUCAGACAUCCCUCUUCUGUACAUAUUGUAUGAACCGUACAAGAUUUGUCAUGUAUUGAAUUGGUUGUGUACUUUAUAGAUGCCUCUUCAACCUUGCUUUUCAAUUAUAAAAGAAAAUGAAAUAUAUUUAUUAUGUUUUUAUAAUCUGCAAUCUGCUGCUGUUUGGGAAUCCCUUUUAUUAUUGUUUUAUUUUAUUACUUCACAACCUAUGUGUCCAUAAAAAUGCCCACUGGUCAGUAUGUGGCAUCUCAUCGCAUACUGUACAUCAAAAACUUGGUGAGCGGUCCAGCCAAAGCUGAGCAUUUUCAAGACCUUUUAUAUGAGUGAGAGAGACAUAAAGGUGUGCUUCUGCCAUUAAAAACAAUGAUUCUUUAUAGAGGUGUAUAUAGCUUUGGUUAUAGCCUGCCCCGUUUUAUACUAACUUCACACCGCUGAUGGAAUAUGAGUGUGAUGGACAAGAUUAGCCAGUCUUUGGCUUACAUUGUACACGGGCAGGUACCAUGACUUGAGCACAGAUCGAUAAAUACAAAAGAGGAGAAAAAGAGGUCAAAAAUUGGGUUUUCAUCCUAAUAUAUUAGGUUAAAUUAAAUUAAAUCAGAAAUGGCCAACUUCUUAAAUCUGGUAGGCUGGAUUAUCCCUGGCCAAAGGGCUUUGGGGUAGAUUUCCAAUCAAAUGGGGUCCAUAGGCUGCCAAUUGCUACCCUGAGUUACACGCACACAUAGCAGGUCUGUGAGGCUAUGGUAUCAAUAGUGUGGCUCCCCUGCUUGUCCUAUGAUCAAUCCCCUCUCGGCUGCUGUUUUAAUUUUAAUUGAAGGCCACAUUUAGCCUGAGCUCUGUUGUGCUGGGUACUGUACCGUAAUAUAAUUCAUUCAGUCCCUGCCUGAAAGAGCUUCGAAUCUAAAAAUUAGGCCCAAGGGGUAUCUAACAUGGCCUGUGGCACAGCAAAAGCGAGCAGCCCACACCUUGAUGUUCUGUUAUUACCUAAUUGUUCCAUGUUCCUACAAAAUACUGUGCAUUCUUGGGACUUUAUUUUAUUUUGAUGCAGAGCCUGCGCUAUUGCAAGAGCUCAAGGGCAGGUUACAGGUAACAGCAAUUACACAUAAAACAAAGAAAUCCCUGUCUCUAAAUUGCUUACAGAGGCCAGGGAGAACUAAAGGAAGGAUGACAUCCUAUCUUAAUGGGACAUUGUUUUAUCUACUGUGAAAAGGCUGGUGUCGACUCCUGCUAAAGACAGAAGGAUUUUAGUGGCCUAGAGGUGUCCUGCAAAGCCAUAUGUGCAUUCUGCAUGUGCAGAAGAGAAAGGAAGGGGUAGAAGGGGUUUCCCUUUUCAGG